UCCACACAACGACGGCCUCCGCGAUAAGUCAACCCAUUCAUUGGGGCGACCACAAUGUACAAGCAGGCGAGCCAGCGGACAAACCAGGCCUUAUCGUUGCCUCCGAAAUGGUUCGGGAUGUACUCCGACUUCAUCACGAAGAACGCCAGCGCCGUGUCACAGAUCGAGUCUGCGCUGCGCUCACUAACGUAUAUCAUCCCUGGCCGAUUUCGAGAAUCUGAGAUCGCUUCCGAGUCUUUACAUAGCGGCGUCCAGCUCCUCUCUCUUUAUCAUGACUCUCUUUUGGCGAAGGCGAUCGCGCGACUUCCUGGAACACAACGACACCAUCCCACACCCCACAGUCGUUACACCCGCUUCUGGACCCAGCGAUCCCCAACCUACAAGCGGCUAGCGCUGUUACUUCAGAUGAUCCAGUACACCGAGCUGCUAUGGGAGAUGGCUGCGAAGAGGAAAGGAGAGAGGAUGCGGUGGCGCGUCGUGGUGUUGCUCGAGGUCAUCAAGGCCUUUUGUCGGUUGCUGCUGUUGCGGUUGACCAACUCGAGGCCGCUUCUGUCACCGCCCCUUCCUCAAAGAGAGGUGGACCCGAGUACCUUGGAAGACUCUUCGGCAUCCGCAGAUGGAAUGGAUACGCCUCCGAGUGAAGGCUCGGUGGACGCGGAGAACUGGACGAUGCCUAGGACAGGGCUGUCCAUGCCAAGCCUGCCGGAUUCGUCUGAUAUCUCCAGCUAUCUCCUCUCCAAGGUUCUCACUGCAGACGACAUCAAACCUCCGAAGGCGUUGCUUCACCGUGUAAGUGGGAAGGGUGAGCUAGCAGAGGUUCUGUACAUCCUGAGACCCGUUGUUUAUGCUUUGGCCAUGCAACACUUCAGUGGGGACAGGAAGAGCUGGCGUCCAUGGUUGAUAGGGUUGAGUAUCGAGUAUGGAGCAAGACAAUUAGCCAAGAAAGACUUCCAAGAAAGACUGGCCGGCGGACUAAGGGGUCUGACCGGCCUUGAGAGGGAGGAACUGAAGAAGCGUGGUUGGGCGCUUGGCUGGUGGAUGAUGCGCGGUGCCUUUUAUGAAAAUAUCACCAAGGCUUGGAUACACUCGGUCACGCGAAAGCUUAGAAACAAGCCUCUAUUAGACAUUGUCGGCGGUGUCAUUGAGGACUACGAAUUUCUCUGGGAUCAGUAUUAUUUCCCAACCGCAACUCUUUAGCACUUUCUUUUGUCAGUAUGGAAGGUUUCGGGAUGAGCACUUUGGAGGACGGGUGGCUCCGCUGUUGUAAGAAUAUGCAUUGGAUAUUGGGAGGGAUGUGAGCACGAAACUUCAUUGUAAGCGCCAGUAGGGAAUGUUUCGGGCCACUUCAGUUUGUGGGACUACUGGCUUGGUCUCUAAUUGCUAUUCCCUGGUGUCGUAUCUGGCUUUCUUACGUCUUACGUCUUUUAUUUGCAUCUCUGUGCCUUCUUUUGGACUUUCCCAAAGUUGGCUAGGCUUGUUUAAAAGGGAGACAUAUUCUAAUGCUCUCUCAUUCAAACUCAUAAUCUCGUUCCACACAGGUAUCCCAACUCCAAACAAUGAAAGCU